AUCAGUUUCGAACAGCGGCUGCUGGCCCUUGUGAAAAAGGCUGCCCCACGAGCGGCGCACCGGGAAGGAGGCACCGGCAGCCCCCAGCCACGCGACCAAGGCUCGCAGCCAUGGCCGCCACGACGGGCGCCGGCGGCAACAGCGACCCCGAGGACGCGUCCGCCUUUUUGACACGGACGAAUUUCAAGUCCAUCGUCGAGUGGCUGACGGCGGAAGCCAUCCUCAACAGGCCCGAGGACCCCAUGACCUACGUGAGGGAUUUAUGUGAUAUGAAGCUGUGUGAGCGCGGCGCCGAGGCGUACGCGGCCGACCACGCCACGAAGUACGUCCAGUCCUGCUACUCGGAGGCGGCUUCACUCGCUGAUGAGGACGGGCGGAUUUAUGGUAAAGUCGUGAGAGCUCCCAAAGGCGUGGGCGGCGCGAAAGCUGAGAAAAUGAGGUUAAAAGCUGAACGAUUAGAACGCCUACUAAAAGCAGCAGGAGACAUCCAGCGGUCCAUCACACCUAGGGAGGCCUGCGCGAAGGUCGUCCAGGUGGCCUGCGAUUUACUGAACGCCGACCGGGCCUCUAUUUUUACGGCCCAAGACCCGGAAUUUAAGGGCGGGCCUCGAGUACUGAUGCUGAGAGUCGCGGACGACUCGAACCUACCGACGAUCCGAGUGCCCUUCGGCGUGGGCAUCGCGGGCACGGUGGCCGACACGGGCGACGUCUGCAACAUUCAUGACGCGUAUACGGAUCCGCGCUUCGAUCCCCGAGCGGAUAAAGAAUCGGGCUACAAGACGCAGAACAUUCUGUGUGCUCCCAUACGGGACCAUACGAACAGAAUUGUGGGCGUCAUCCAAGUGAUCAACAAGAACACGGGGCCCUUCACGGACGAUGAUGAAGAUGUGCUCGGCGUGUUGUCUACGCUCGCCGCGGCAUCGCUGCGGAACGCUGAUCUCUACGAUGCUGCUGUCAGUGCUCGAACGAGGGCCGACGCGACCAUGGACUUGGUGAAGACUUUAUAUGAUAACCUAGGUGUCAAUAGCGUCGUACAUACGCUCACCAAUAGGCUACCGGACGUCAUCGACUGCGAUCGGUGCACGGUCUUCGUGAUCGAUUCCUCAUCGGAUGAAAUGUGGGCGCUGCAGGGCGACGUGAACGUCAAGUUCCCCCUCGACGCGCCCGGGUUGGCCCCGACGUGCGGGAGAGAGGUAGAGGUGAUUAACAUCCCCGACGCCUACAAGGACCAUCGCUUCAACCAGAAUAUCGACAAGCAGACGAACUACACGACGAAGAGCAUUUUGUGCCACCCCGUCUGCGCCGACAGCGGCGAGACGUGCGUCGGCGUCGUGCAACUCAUCAACAAGAACAACGGCGCGCCCUUCACGGUCGAGGACGAAAAACUCUUAGCGGCGUUCUUGUCGAUCGUCGGCGAGAUCCUGAAGCGGCUGACCAUGUCCAAAUCCCCGAAAAAGAAGAAGCACGUCAUGGACGACGACGAGGGCCUGGACGCGGACUUGGUUUCUCGUCCUUCAGAAGGCGCCGAGAAGCUCGACGCCUUCGACGAGGACGAGGAGGGGUCCGACGAGGGCGACGACGCCGAGGAGGACUAGGCGCGGCUAGCGGUGUAAGACACUAGCAUGCAUGCCGUCCGGUG